AUGCGCACCCCGUCCUCGCCAGCCUCCGCGCGCACCCUGUCCUCGCCCGCCUCCGCGCGGCCUCCACCUCCACCUCCAGCCCCACCGCACACCACUCCUCUCUCUCCCCGCGCGACGAACCCUAACGCUCAGAUCCCGAUCCCUCCCAUCGCCGCCACCCACCUCCCCCGUCUCCCUCACCUCGCCACCGGCCACGACCUUGGCUCUCCCCUCCCCUCCCUCAUCAGAAGAGAUCUGAUCUCCCAUCGACGUCCUCCUCCUUCCUGCUCCGGGAAACCAGUUCCCCUUCCAACCUCCAACCAACAUCCCACCACCGCGCUGCCACGCCCCUCCCUCCAACCCCUUCUCCAGUGGAACCUCAUCUCCCCGAGCGCCGCCGCCGCUGUUGAGCACCCGCCGCCGCAGGGGUCCGCGCUGCGUCCUGAGCCAAUCACGCUCUACAGCGGAGAGGCGAUGGAUUCGGCAGGCGCCUCGAAGCCCGAGGAGGAGGUGGCCGCUUACCAGAGCAGCGAGGCCAAGCAGGCGAGGCUGCAGUCCAUGCUCGCGGCGCUCCUCGACGACCCCAUUCUGGCCGACGUCCCGAGGAAGCCCUCGCUGGCGGACAUGGACACGCUCAUCAACCUCGGGCUCGACAGCGCCAUGAGGGUGACCGUCAUCAAGCUGGACAACACCUCGUUCGAUGUCGCGGUGUUGAACACUGCUACACUCAAGGAUUUGAAGAUGGCUAUCAGGAAGUGA